UUAUUUAUUUUUUAUCUAUUAAUCAGAGAUUCUAUGGACACAAGAUUGUCGUCAAGUCAAUUUCCUUUCACGAAUUAAAAAUGGACGACGACGGAGUCCGGUGGUCGGAACUCCCGCCGGAGAUCUGGUCAGCAGUCGGAAGAUACCUCCAUAACUACAUCGACGUCGUCCGAUUUCGCAGCGUUUGCCGAUCAUGGCGGUCCUCUAUUUCUCCUUUCCCCCAAACAUCUCCUGCUCUUCGUCUUCGAUUUCCUUCCCCAUUCAUCACUGCAAGUCUCUUAGUCGAUGCAUUCCUCUCCCAAACCACACUCUAUCGCCUCGCUCCUCUCGACCAUGAACCAAGCCCUAGCGUUUCUUCUUCGUCUUCCCCUCGCCGGAACGGCCGUCUGGUGAAGCUUGAGAAAUCGGAGCUAGGUAAGAUGCGGUUUCUUCAUCCUCUGUCCAAGCGCCAAAUCCGAUACAACAUGGAAGAUCUUUCGGAAGAACACAAUGAAUUGAACUUACUGGAUCUUCGAAUCGACGAAUUAGCCAUAUCCUAUUCGCUCAAGUACACCGAUACCCCCUUUGUUCCUGGAAUCCCUAAAAUCGUUGUAUUCCCAAAUUCCACCGCACCGGAUGUUAAAGAUUGUACCGUAAUAGCAGUAUUUGAGGACGGGAGGUUAGGGUUUGCCAGAUCUGACGACGAGAAAUGGACUCUAAUCGACGAACAAAAUUUCCACUACGACGAUGUAAUUAUCUACAAUCACCAGUACUACACAGUCGAUAGAUGGGGAACUGUUUUCUGGAUCGAUUCAUCGAUGCGAUUAGUACAAUUUUCUCCUCCUCUGAUCGGUCUCGGCCACCAGAAGCACUUAGUAGAGUGCGGCGGCGAACUUCUAGUAAUCGAUCGGUUCCUCGACAAAGAGCGUCAGUUUCAACACCCAGUCCCCGCCGUUGACGACGCACAACCACAUCCUUUCGCGAUUCCAGUCCGACGGCCGUCUUACGAUUCGUUACCAAAAGCAGUCGAUUUCAAAGCUUAUAAGCUGGAUCAAGAAUGGGGGACAUGGGUAGAGCUGAAGAACUUGAGAAAUCGAUCGAUUAUAUUGGGGACCGAUUGUUGUUUUUCAAUUGAAGCAUCGGAGUUUGAAGGAUGUAAAGAGAACUGCAUUUACUAUACGGAUGUGAACGACGAUGAAUUCUCUAAAAGAAGUAUGAGUCGUGUGUUUGAUCUUGAAGGAAGAAGGAUCGGAAAUAUAUUGGGUUAUCCUGGACGAAUCGGGAUCUUCAACCCGCCGCCGAUUUGGCUCUCAAAAUCUCUUCCUCCAUUGAAGGACAUCUUGUUUAUUGGUUCUUCACAUCGCCAUGAAAAUUAGCAGUGGAAAAUUGGACCAAUGUUCUUAUUUCUGUUACCUUUUUCAUGGGAAUACAGAUUGAAUCAUACUGAUUGGUUCAGGGUUUCUCAUGUUCAUGAACUUUUUUUAUUGUUUUAUUGGAACUGCCAAUUUGGAACUCUGUAAAAUACCAUCAGCUUUCCCCCUUUGUUUAAAAAUACCUCUAUUUUUCUUAAAAGAAAAAUAGUUAAAUAAAUGCAUCUCGACUUUAUCUCUUGUGUGUCCA